UAUUAUUAUAAUUUAUUAGCAAACUUACAUCUGCAUGUAUAGUGAUGUUCUCCAUUUCCAUUUUGCGCAAGCCGGCUACAUUAAUGAAUGUCGGUCUUUCCGGUCUUUCAGGCUCAAAGUCGGGCUGAUUUUUUUCUUCCAUGUUGGGCUUUUGCUCCGUUGAAGACAAUCUUUUCGUGAUCAUCGGGUACACCACUUCCAAGCUCUUUUUGGCCGUCGAUAAAGGGAUUGGUUUCAUAUUUACUGGAAUUUUGAUGAUUUGAAGAGGAUUGAAAUCUUCCGUCAAAAUGACAAUUAAACAAUUUAUUUAAAAUAUGAAAAAAACAUUUUUAUUUUCCCCCUCGGAUGUGACGCCUAUGCACGCACGCCCAUGGUUGUUUUCAAAAUCCAUUGUCAUUGAUAAUAAUUUAGGCAGCUUUGGUCGUCCCCAUGACGAAAAAUUAUGAGUUUGUAAUUUAAAUUUCAUCAAUCAACAUCAUACAAAUUAUGGCACUUCAGUUGAACAAAAUUUGCCGUGGUCUUAUACAAAAUGGCCAAAAAAUUUUGGCCUCCAAAGCGGAGACCGUGUGUCCCAAGGAAGUACACUCAGAGUGUACUCCACAGAGCGUUAACAUCAUAAACGAUGUCCAUUCCGCAGGAAAAGUCUUAGAAUCUCUGCCCAGUCUAUUGAGCAAACUGCCUUCUGCGGAAAGUCCAAUAAGGUCGUACUCUUCGAAAUGCGGCGUUCCCAAGCAAACGCCGAAAUGCAACAAUCAGAAAUGCAAGCAAAAUAAAUGCCCGAGAUUUUAUUUGGAAGGUUGUGACUGUCCCGUCUACUGCAAAAAGAAAAUUAUAUAUUGCAAAAAACGCCCGGCCCCUUACCCAUCUUACAGCGAGGCAUGCGCAGAAGAGCUGGACGAAAACCCUUCGGAAUGUGUGCAAUGUCCUUGGAAACAUUGCCCCGACUUUAAGGUUACCUACAGGAAGUACCACACUGGUAAAGGCUUGGCCGCUGCCCCGUUUAAAGAUACAAUGUCUACGCCACUGAUACUGGACCCAGAAUUGUUGAAAGACGAACUGUACGCCUAUAAAAACAAAAAACCGUGCGAACGCCCCUGUUCUCCGUGCGAAAAGCGGCGCAUGUUGAUCGAGCGCCUGCGCAGAGAGAAGGAGCAACGCGAAUGCGAGGAGCGGAAGAAGAAGAAGUGCGCGCCUGCUUGGACCGAGGCGGUGCGCCUCGUUGCCAACCGCGACGUUGCCAUGCUGGACCCUCUGGAGGCGCUGGAAGAUCUGGAGGAGCCGGAAGAUGCGCAGUCGCGAGUUGCGCUGUUCAACAGGAAGCGGAAGCCGCCGAACAGGGACUGCGGCGACGAUUACAAGUACAGGUGCCCGGACGGGACCUACGAGGCGUUCGAGUAUGAUCCACGCGAGGCCAACUACGAGCACAAGCGCAGACGCAGGAGCGGAGCCACCGACAAGCCGUGCUGCACGCCGGAAGGCAAGCGUCGCAAGGUGCCCGACUGCGGCGAGGGUUGCACCUGCGCGGCUCACAACGCGCCGUCCGCGCAGGCCACCAUGAGCCUGUGCGAGCAGCUCAACUACGAGCUGGCCAAGGUGAACAGUGGCCACGACAAGUGCCCGCCCCGCAAGCACAAGUACCCGGAUGUCGACAAGACCAUCGACCUUGUGCGCAUGUGCGACCGCGAGUGCCCCCCUCCCAAAAAGAGGAAGAUUCCGAAACAGUACCCCAACCCGGACGACUACCCCGCGCCCAUGUGUCCGGGAUCGUGUCCGCCAAAGUGUCCGAACUACUGUCCGGACGCGGCGACGAAGAAAAAAUUCGAGGACCCGUGCGACUGCCCCCUCAAGGUCAAGUACCACAGGGGGUGGAAGCCCAGGGUCCAUGGCGGCAAAGGCAAGGGCAAAAUCAUCCGGAGGUGCAAGAACACCGUUUAUACUCCGGGUGGUGACGAUCCUUACGGCCCCGGAAGACAAUACUAAAUGUUUAAAUGUGAUUGAAAAAAGAGGACGUGGUCGUAAACCCUUGCUGCGGUAGAAGGAAGAAGCACCGUAAAAUCAGGGCAGUUUACGUGCCAGAACCGAUCAACUAUGAUCAAUGUGACCUUCCUCCCGAUCACGAACACCCGUACAAAAAAAGAAAAUAAUGUUAUAAGCGAAAUUUUAUGAAUAUACGUGUUUGUUUUUCAUGUGCUUUGAUUUGUUUUAUAGAAAAUCCACAGUGCUUUCUGCACUACUACAAUUCCGAGCUCCGUAUCCGUAUCCGCAAAAAUAUUGCAAUCUGUCUUGCAUUUCAGGAAAAUGUGUAUAUAGACCCCUGCUGUUCCGCAAGGGAGAAGAAAGGCAAAAGAAUACGCAAGAAAAUUCGCAUAUCUCUUCCUGAUCCGCUAGACUAUGAUAAGUGCGAUUUACCGCCAGAAUACGAACACCCAUAUAAAAAAGAGGAGUAAAUUUUUAUAUUUGAAUAAAUUAAAAAAACUUAUAUAUAA